UGAUAUGAAUAAGGAUAGAAAGGAAACAUGAAAUAUUUUUUAAAUCUUUGCUGCAAUGUUCAAAUUGGAAUCGUAUAUAACUCCUGUGAUUCUCAGUUACGUCGAGAAGUAUGUUAAAAAUUUCAAGCCAGAACAAUCGCAGGUCUCUUUGUGGGGCGGAGAUGCAUCUUUUCAAAAUCUUGAUUUACGAUUGGAAGUUUUGGAAGAACAACUUAAUCUUCCAUUUACCUUUGUCAGUGGACAUAUACAUGAAUUACUUAUUCACGUGCCUUGGGUUAAAAUUACAUCAGAACCUAUUGUUAUAACAAUUAAUACCAUCGAAUGCAUCUUAAAAUUAAAAGAUAAAAGUCAAUCGGAUAACAUUUCAAUAUUGUCACCUUCGAGAGAAAUAGACAUUUCUCAAAAAGAGGCACCUCCUGGAUAUAUUAAAACUAUUGUUACAAAAGUUAUAAAUAACAUUACUAUCAAUUGCAAUAAUUUAAUUCUAAAAUAUGUCGAAGAGGAUAUUGUCCUUAGUAUUAAUGUCAAAUUUUUAUCCAUGCAGAGUGUUAAUAAUAAAUGGGAACCAGCAUUUACUGAUACGAGCAGUUAUGAAGUAAAAUUACAAAAGAUUAUUAAAAUUCAAGAUUUAACUUUGUGUCUUGAUAAAAUGGACACUUCUGGAAAAAUUGAAAUCUACCAGGAUCCAGUAUUAUAUAGAUGCUCAAUGAUUAUACGUUUAAUUAUGAAUUAUCAUAGUAAUAUAGCAAAGCGAGCGUCAAUAACAAGGCUUGACUUAUGCUGCCUCAAAAUGGAGUUUAGUGUAACCGAACAACAAAUUCCAAUGAUACUGCGAUUAAUUGCAUUAAUUACUUUAUUGCAAUCUACGCAGUUGCCAAUUGUUAAAGAAAAAUCACGUACAACUGCAGAAGAAGAGAUCGAUUCAUCUAAAGAUAAUCUAAUUCAAGUAAGUGAUACCACAUCAGAUUCUACCUGGGGUUUGUGGGCUUGGAAUACAGUGUCGUCAUUUCUUCCUGUGGACUGGCAAAACGAUUGGUCAAACGAACAACAUAUCGCAUAUUCUGGUCAUGUAAUACACUUUGGCUUUUAUAUUAAGGAGGCUACAAUUACAUUUAAGACUGUCGAAAGCGUAAAGGAACAGCUAUUUUAUAAAUCUCGUAAAAUAAAAUAUAAAUCAUUUCUAACACUUCGUUUCUGUGAGGCUAUAUUCGAUGUAGUUUUACAAGGAAUUUCGAUGACAAAUUUUACUAUUGGUUUUGGAAAUAUUUCUCUUUACCCACGAGGAACUUGCAGUUGUGGACAUUUAGAAGUCAUAGACGGAGCACAGCCACCUUUAUACUUAACGGUUGGAGUAUGUAAGAGUAAUUAUUUAAAGGAUACCUUAUUUGAUAAUAAUGCUUUAGAAAAUCAAGGAAAGAAAAGAAUAUACACAAAAGAUAUUUUAAAUCAUAUUUAUAAUCAUAAUGUUGUAGUAUUAUUAGAAAGAUGUCCUGCUUUUUGUAUGUAUUACGUUCAUCAAACCAGAAUACCUGACAACAUCCCUCCAGAAAUUUUGGCGGAUUUUGGAUCAAAUUACGAAUACAGUAAUUUUAUUGAAGAGAGACACAUUGCAUACGCUGUAGGACCUUUAACCGUCAGAUUAUGUUCAGGCUUGAUUCAUCGUAUAAAUUCAAUUAAAGAAGCCGCUGAUAAAUACGAUUAUAGCCCUUAUAGUACUCCGAAACCAUUACCAACUUUUGAUGAAUUACCGCCGGUGACCGUUGAGGAAUAUGAAGCUUUAAGAAAACGAAUUCCUAUGGUCACGAUAAAUUUACAAACAUUAAGCUUUUAUAUUGAAUUACAAUUAGCUGAUCAUCGUAUAACUGGUUUGCCUCGUCAACGAAAAUAUCUUGAAAAUCGAACAAUGCCAUUGAUGCCAGACUUCUCUGAUGAUCCUUUUGUGAGUAUGGGAUGCCAGGCAAUAUCGGUCAAGUUUGAGGAACCAUUAUAUCCAUUUAGACUUGUUUCGUGCGCUUCUAAACAAACGGAUAUUCCACCGGAAAUGUUAAAUCAAUGCUAUCGAAAUAUUAAAAUGACACUGCAAGGUUUCAGUAGUCACGUUUGUCUGACAUCGACCAGGCGGACAAUGAUUAUUAUGCCUUGCAAUUUAGAAUGCGAAUUGCGUAUGCUGCUUUAUCCAGCAUAUUGGAAAAAUGUAAAUAUAAUGCAUAAUUUUCUUAAUCUGAAUAUUAAUUCCAUCACAGUUACUGGAACCAAAACAAAAAUUAUGAUUGCUACUUCAAUCAUUACCUCGCUUUUAUAUCCAGAUGAUUUGAAUAACCCACUUUUAUGCUCAUCUUUGUAUACAGAUGCAUACGAUGAAAAAAAUCCUAUUUAUGUUGAGUUUUGUUUAGAGAACAUAACUCAUGAACUUAAAAUGUCAGUGAGUACCACAACAUGUACACUAAAUAUAAGUGCUAUAAAAGUAUUUGCCUUCAAGCAAGUACAACAAGCAUUUAUAUUGUCUGGACCUGAAAUUGAAAAUUCUUGCAAGAAUGAUCAAGUAUUAUUGACAGCUGUGAUACAAUUUUCAAAGGAAUAUAAUAAUCAAAGACACCCAACAAUUUUAUCUUUUCGUAUUGCUUCGAUGAAAGGUUGCUUAGAUCCAAUAAUACUUCAAUGGCUUAAUUAUCGCGUUACUUAUUAUAAAUUGAAUACAACACAUUCGAUGAAACCAGACUCUGUACAAGUUCUUAAUGAGUCUGCAAUUUCGGAUAUGGGUAACAAAAAACGAACUUUUCCAAGUUUACAUGAAAGUGUACAUAGUUCUUCGGACAAAGAAAAGAGAAAAAUGGAAGAAGCCAUAGAGAAGUGUAAAAAUAAAUCCGUUGAUAAGACUAACGAAUCGGAUAAAAUUUUAGAUACUGAAGGGAUUAAAGAGAAUGUAAGCAUAAUGGGCAAAAUAGCCGAAUUAUAUUCCUGGUGGUCUGGACUCGUUUUAAAUGGAUCGAUAGAGCAUAUUAUUAUUUAUAUACCGACGGAAACAAUGAGUGGGGUUGGAGUAGAAGGAAUUGCAGAAGCGGCAGAUGAUGCAUUACAAAACGAUCCAGAUUUACAAAUUCUUGUUAUAAAGUUACCAUCAAUAAACGUACAUUCUUCUCACAUUCAAUCAGAACGUUUGCACACUUUUCUUCGUGAUUUCCCUAUAGUCUUACCUAAAGAUAUGUGGAUACAUCAAAUUCAUAGUUUUCCAUGGACACUCGAAAUGUUAAAUUUUGAAUCCUUUACUUUAAAAGGAUAUGUACAUCGUGAGUUUAUUAAAAAAGUAUGCAUUAAAGCUACAUUUGAUUUGUCUGUGAAAGAUUCGACUUUAGAUUCGAAGAAAAAUAAGCUCUCCGCUCUAAGCCUAUGCUUAUAUAUCGAUACAUCACCAAUCAUUAUUUCUAUAUCAGAAGAACAAGUGAUAUUUCUUUAUAAUGUAUUUGAAAUGAUUGUAGAUUUGAUUCAAACGAUAUUGCCAAGUAAAGUAAAUGCAUACAGUGACAUUAAGGAUGCGAAAGAUAUUUCCUUUAGAAUACCACAAAGUUCAUCUAGCCCAACGCAAUUGCCAUAUACCGAGGAUGCCGCGUCAACAUCAACUUUAUCCGCAGUAAAAGAACAUACGGGACAAGACGAAGAUGACUUACAUCUUACAGCAUCCAUUCAAUGGACAAUAACAAAAGUCUCUGUUAAAUUAUAUGUCAUGGGCGAGAGUGAAUAUGCCACUUUAAAAUUGGUUUUAGAUCUUGAAGAUAUUAUUACAUCAGUUGAUAUUCAAUCAGUAUACUUAAAACUUAAACACAAAAUAACAACAGCCACAAUUUUUCAUUAUACUCGAAGAUGCGAGAACGAUCAAUGGGAUUUUGGAGAUUAUGUUGGUUUGGUACUUUGUGCGAGAGAAGAUAAUUUCGAAAAAAGUGAAGAUUCUGGAUUUAUGACACUGACAUUGACGAUUGCCAAAUCAGGAAACGUGCACACUCGAUGGGGUGCACAUAAGACUUACAAAUCACAAAAGAGAGAUUUGAGAGUCGAAUCCUUACAGCCAACGAACGCAUAUAUCACAGAAGCUGUUGUUAAAAUUCAAACAGUGGAUAUUAUUAUUCCGCCUAGUGUUCUAGCAAAGUACAUGCAAUUUAUAAAACCAUUUUUAAAUAAAAAAUCAAUUCAAAAGAAUUCCACUACUAAUGGAAAAAAUCUUUCAACGCCCUUUAUUGGAUUUACUAAUUUAAGAAAUGAGUCACUUCCUUUGAUCUAUUUAGAAUUUAAAGGUUUUCGUUUAAUGCUACCAGUUGCUUCUGAAUCUAUUCAAGAUUUACAACACGAUCUUUUAAUGCUAAAGUUGGAUAAUAUUCGAAUUGCGCCACAUGCGGAAAAUCCUAUAUGUAGGGUGCCGCUUCGAUCUGAUAUUUAUCAAUUGGCUGCGCAAGCAAAUAUAUUAAAUGUGCCAGGAUCAGCAGUUGAAGAUCGUCAAUAUCAAAUAAAUGUCGAUGGAAUAUGUGCUCAUACAACAACUUGGAAAAAUUAUCAGCAAAGUGUAGCCAAGCGAACGUCACAAUCAUAUUUGUAUACAAUGAAUGAAAAUCCUGCAGUUGAAUGGAAUAAAUUAGGAAAUGAAAGCAAUCUCGAAUCCCAUUUUUCAACGCUCCCUGUCAUUACAAGAUUCGAUUUUUGUUUUAUCGUUGCUCCAGUUGUUAUGUUUCAACCUGAUAUUAUGGUUUGUGGUAGUGCUGCUGAAGUUAAUUGUCUAACAGAUUUAGAAUUGAUGGUAAAUCUGAAUCAAAUGAAACUUUUUUUGUCACUGUAUUCACAAUUUACAAGCUUAGUAGCAUUGGAUGAAACAAAAGAAGUUAAUAUUUUUGAGGCUCCAGUGCGUUGCAAAAAGGCAAUAGUAUCAUUUAAUCCAAAAAUUAUUACUCCAACGAAUUAUGUAAUAUUGGAAUCCGAGACUGAUUUUACCAAAGACAGUGGAGUCGAUUUUGAAAUUUCUAGUGUAAAUUCAUUAAAUCUUGAAAAGUCUCAUUUACAAGAAACGUUAGAAUUUCCACCGUUUGAAUUUUUAAUAAAUUGUGGGAAGAUAAAAAUGGUUGUCUACGAUAUAAAAAAAAGUACGAAUUCGGAAAAUAUAGUGGUAAGUAAUAAUGAAAUUGAAAUGGAAGAAGAUGACGUGAAUAAUUUGAAGCAACCGUUAAUUUACGCUAUGAUUAAUCAACCAAAUUUUUAUUUUUCCCAGCAACAUUUUGACAAAAAAAUGCAGGUGUCUUGUUUUGACGUCGCUCUAUUUCUUGGUAAUACAAUCGAGAAAUAUUCGACUUCCAUACCAACGGAAGCUGAUUUUAAAGUUUGUCUCAUAGAAACGAAAAGCGGCGAGGCACAUCCUGAUACGGGAAUACCGCCUUCGUUUCUAGUUGUCAAACGUGACGUGCUCGUGGGAAAGAUACCACAAUUAAAUAUUAACAUGGGCAGACCAACGAAAAUACAUAUCUCAUUUUCCCGUUUAAGCGACAUAUUGUACAUAAAGGACAAGAUAUCGACAUGCUUUACGAAUGCUGUGAGUAGUACGCAUUUGUAUUCAGGUACGGAUACGCCUAAUUCAAUAACUCAAAAAGUCACAACUCCUCGAAAGUUUAAUAUGCCUGAUGUAAAUAUAACAAGCAAACAGUUCGUUCUCUCAUUCAAGUCAGAGACCGAAGCGGAAAUUAUUUUUAGUUUAGCAACACUCUCCAUUAAUCUAAGCAAUAUCUUAAGACCCGAAAGGAUAUAUGUUAAUUUAACGUGGGACUCAUUUAUCGUUUCAACGAUUCUCGACUCCAAUAUCACCGUACUUUUAAAUCCGUUUUCUUGCAACACGAUUGUGUCUGUUAUAUGGGAGUCUUGGCAGAGCGAGGCGAGCUCGCCAUUAAUUCAAAUUCAAGUAGAUAGCGAUUGCAUUUAUUUGGACUUUGGUCCUAAGCACAUACUGAUUUUAAAAUCAGUUUUGUCAGAAUUUCAAAAGGUUGUCGCUAAGAUAAGUUCGUUGUAUGCGGCGCAUUUAUACGAAGAAGAGCAGACAAAUUUUAUAGCCCACGAACAGCACUACAAAGACGACUUGAAGUCCGGAGCAUUUCAAUUCGUUGACGGAAACGUGGAGGAGCUUCCCUUUCCCUAUCAAGUAGUUUUCUCUUCUUUUCCUCAUCAAGCAAUGGCUUGGCGUUAUCCUCAUCCUCGAGCACUUACAAAAAUCUAUGUCAGUCCCGUCCCCUUCGAGGUGGACAGUAUGGGAAUGAAAACGGAGGAUCGUAUACCUUGUAGCAUUGAAUACUGGAGCGAAAGUCAAAUGGCCUAUCAACGUUACGUUGACCUCUACAUCUCCGAGACGGAAAGCUAUCGACUCGAUUUGCCCGAUAGAAUUCCACUGCUCGCGGUCGCCUGCGUUUGGCGCAUAGUGAUACUUCAGCACUCCGAAAAGAUUAAUAAACUUUCGAGCAAAACUCUAAUCGGAUGUUUACGAAUUGAUUCGUACUUCAAUCCAUUAAUUGUUCCCAAAAUUCAGGUGGCUUUCAACGUGCGUGCAUUUCAUAUAUCCUUCUAUAAUCACCUAGAUUUGAACUAUUACGAAAUAUUACCGCCACCGCUCAGUAAUUACAAACUAAACGGCAUGAUUCCCGAGACACAAUGCUUCGCUUUGCUCGAAUACAAGAAGGCCACCUUUUUGUUUAACAAAUGGCCCGACAAAUGUUUAUUUUUAGCCUCAUCCGGGAAUAUCAGUAUCUACUUAUUAGAUUACGGGCUCCUCCUUCUUCAAGAAGUCUUGGACACUGCAAAGAUCAAAGCUCAAAUCUCGAUUACCGACAGUACGGAUUUGACGCUCGUUUCUCAACCAUUUUCAUUGAAGCUCAGCCCUUCCACUUUCCAUACGCUUGCUCUAGCCGCUCACCUAUGGAACGACAUGCUCAAUCAAACAAAUAAGCCCACGCUAGUUCUUACUACUAGAUAUGCUAUUGCUAAUGACAUGAACAUUCCAGUACGUUUUGGUCAAAGCGGAACCGAUGACAAUAUACUUUUAGAAAGUAGACAAUGUCAUUUUUACUCCUGGAGAAUCACGAGUAAUCAGGUAUUACGCAUAGCGGUCGAGGAAACCGGUUGGAUUUGGAGCAAACCAUUUUCGGUGAACGUUGAUGGCACGUAUUAUGCAGACUUCAGUCACUCGUAUCUCGACAUGGUCAUUUCCAUUAAUGUCAAAUCACUCUCGGCCUCGGAAAAACUCGUCACAUUUUCCGGCCAAUUAAUAAUUUCAAAUAAUUUCAUGGAGGGCUUUGAAAUGAAGCUCGUAACAUAUGACUCAAAAACUAAUAAAUUACUGGUGCACUGCGAAGUUUUAAAUAUUCCUGCCAAUUCUCAACCAUCCUCCAUUAUACUUUAUCAUAAUAAUAAUAUGUCAAUGCGUCUGAGAUUCUCUAACAUUGCCAAUUUGUCUUGGACCGGUGAUAUUCCAUUACAGCCAAAUACAAUUUGGGGACAGCCUUGGCUUGUUAAAGUACCUUUGCAAGAGAAAGGACAGUUCAUUAGUAUAUGGGUGAGGAUAAUCGUUGAGCAGGUGAAUGGAAAAAAUAAAAUUCUUGCAAUCAUAAGUCCUCUAUACAUGAUAAGAUCGUACUUACCAGUGCCAGCAAAAGUACAAAUAAAAACUCCGUCGCUGAACGUAUCGUUAAAUACUGUGAUUAAUGGCCGUGGGGAAAGGCAACAACUAUACUGUCCAGGAACUUUUGAACACUUUCAUCAUCUUACCUUCCAAAUCGAGUCGGGGGCUUCGGCAUCAAAUCCUCAUGUGCCUUUAUCGUACAACACGGUGGAUCAGCGCAAGUUUUUUAAAAGACCGGAAAAGGAGACCAUUGAGGAUGUUCUGGCUUUACUUGAAAUAGCGAAAGAGGACUCAAAAUGGCCUUUCCAAAAUGAAGACACUAGUGCGUGGAUAGCGGCGGAUCAACCUCAGACUUAUAUUCAAGUAAAAUAUGAAGAUGCUGGUUUAGUGUCGAGCACCUUGCUUCUAGAACUGCGGCCAUGGUGUUUUGUUUUAAAUUCUCUCGGUGUUCAACUUUCUAUUGUAUUUAACGAUACAGAACUUUGUAGAAUACCACAUUACGGAAUAGUUACACCACCAAAAUUAGAGGGUAUCUUUCACAUUGGAGUUGGUAUUGCCGAUACGUUUUUCAUGUCGUCUGUGUUACAAUUAGUUACGCCAGAUUGGAGUCAAAGUUUUUAUAUGCCCCGAAUAGAAGGCUUAAUUCCUUUAGAAGGGAAUAUUAAAACGUGUGUUAAUUGUGAAUCUAGUAUAUGUAUGAUGAGUAUAAGUUCAAGCAUACAUAAAGAUAUGCGAACGAUACGAAUAAGUAGCAAUUACGUAAUUACAAAUAUGACAAAUUAUGAAUUGUAUGUUGCAACAUUUGCAGUUCCAAAUUCGUCGACCGAUUUAUGCUUACCGAACGACCUUACUUCACAAAGUAUAACUAUUGCGCCGUAUACGGAUGAAAGAUAUGCAGUUCCAAUUGUACAGUGGUAUACUUUAUUUGAAAAAAUAAAUGAAUCAUUUAUUUUAUACGUCGCACUAGGGCUUGAUAAUAAAUCAUGGUCAUGCCCAAUUCGCGUAGAUCAGGGUCUUAGCAGAAGAUCCAUUGCUAUUCCGAGCGUCACAGAUACUGUACCUCUUAUAGUAACAACUCAGGAAGACAAAAGUAUAGUAUAUAUAAUGAUUCACAAUGAUAAACAUCCUCAAUUGUUCAUUGAGAACAUGUGUCCAUUCAAAAUUGUAAUUAGCGAAGCAAACAAAGAAACAGAUGAUGCGAUCUUAGAUGCACAACAUUUUUCAUGGAAAUGUCAAAUUGAAAGCAAAAGUUCGUGUCAUUAUUCAAUGCCAACUAUUGGAAGUAAAUUACCAGAUCUGCCGAUUAGUGAUUCAUCCGCUUAUAUGAUAGUAUCGGCUAUUCCAAUGGCAGAUGAAUCAAAAGAUAAAAUAAAUUUUGGUAAAAAAGAUUUACAGUGGUCUAAAUGUAUAAAUUUAUCAACAUGCUCAAUGGAACAAUUUAUACGACUGCCGUAUUAUGGAGAUGUUAAACUGAUAAUACAAACACGAUGCUAUACAACUUUUAUUUGUUUUAGUCCAAUUUCGCGUUCGACGUCAACUACAACAUUUUUUUCAGCUCAGGACGAUGCUUUGGAAACCGAUUUAUCUCUUCUUUACACAUGUACAUGGAAUAGUUCAAAGCAAUUAAACAUAAUGCAGAUAGCGAACGCAGAUUUAACGACUGCGAAUAAACAAAAUAAAAUUAAAAAUAGCUCAGCCACGAUUCAUUUGCAUGGAUUUUCAAUCGUUAUAACAAAAGAUAUAAAUGAUAAUGGUCAAAGAAUUGAAGUCGCAAGCCUAUGUAUGAUCGAUACAAUAUUAAUGAUAGAUUAUAAAAAAACUCGUUCAAAAUUGAGCCUAUACUUUGGCGAUUUACAAUUAGACAAUCAAAUGUUUGAGCACGGUGGCUUUGAUUUUCCCGUAGUAUUAAUAAGUCAAAACCCAUUUGUUAAAAAAGAUUCGGCCAUUUACUUGAGUAAUAAUCUUAGGAAAAAUGUUAUGAACGUGAUUGAAAAUUCUUUGAUAAAUGUCGAUUUAAUGUGGGAGCAUAAUUGUGACGAAAGAGCUUGUAAAGAUGUUACGGUUAAGAUAGCACCAUUGCACGCAUACAUCGAAGGAAGUUAUAUUACUUUACUUAUGGAUUAUGCUGCAUCGGUAUUACCUCCUUGUUUUAUAGUUUCAACGUCAGAUUUCAAAGAAAAAUUUGUACAAUUGUCAAAUACAAAUAAUAUUUAUGUACCGGAUUAUAUAUUAAUCGAUGGCAGAACGUUAAGUAAUCCAUUAAGGCUUCAAAAUUUCGUAAUCGACUCGUUAUCGAUUAUGCUAAGUGUACAUACUUCUGUUCAUUUGUACGUGGCCUUUGAUCAUUCGCCAUUAUACUUCGAGGUGUUUGAUAGGAAAAAUUUAAUAGCAACUCCUUAUCGACUCGGUAAUGCUCUUGCUAUGCAUUAUUUAUCUAGUGCGAUUUUUGGAAUAGGAUGGGUUGUUGGCUCUUUAGACAUUUUAGGAUCUCCUGGAGGAUUAGCGCAGGCACUAGGUUAUGGACUGAAAGAUUUUAUUUCAAUGCCGUUUCAAGGACUUUUGCAAGGACCUUGGGGCUUUAUUGUCGGCAUCACACAUGGCUCGGCAAGUCUAGUUAAGCAUAUUACAGCAGGUACUGUAAAUUCAGUGACAAAACUUGCGUCGAGUGUAGCCCGGAAUUUAGAUCGAUUGACAUUAGACGAUGAACAUUUGCAACGUCAAGAAGAAUUUCGAAGGAUGCGACCUCAAGGUUUAGCACAAGGACUUUAUCAAGGAUUAACCGGUUUAGGCAUGAACCUACUUGCCGCGGUGGCCGGACUCGCGCAUCAUCCUCUACAGCAAGUCUGGUCAGGUGAAACGUCAACGAGGGGACUCGUUGCUGGGGUUGGCCUUGGGCUCGUUGGUGUCGUAACGAAACCUCUGAGCGGUGCUGCCGAAUUGGUGGCCCUAACAGGUCAAGGUUUGCUGCAGGGCACUGGUUGGAACUCCUUACCGACGCCCCGUCAACGACCAGUUGUGCAAUAUUCAAAUGGAUCUGGUACUACGUCGCUAAGAUAUGCUUGGAGAUUAAUGCCACUGCUAAGGAAAAGCCACGAUAGUAUUCUUCAUGUGUCUAAUGCCGAUCACAUUCAAGACAGUAAUAGGCCGGUUACCCUCGUUCUCACUAGACAAGCACUGCUGAUCGUAAAUGUUACCGAGGAUAGCGUUGAAAAAAUAUUUCCACUUAAGGAUUUGAUAGCUGCGGUUUAUCCAACCGAGCCCACUAUGUUUAGACUUUAUUGCUCAACUGCUUCACCGCCCCAACGCUUUCGAAAAGUCUCACCGGUUGAGCAAUUCGAGGUAAAGAUGGAUCAAGAAAUGAGGGCAAGGGUAGCGGAAUUUCUACGUACGAGUAGUACGGGCAUUGCUAGUGUUUCUACAAACAGUGAUGUACAGUCCGAAAUACACGAUUCCAGUUCUAUGUCGCACCUUGAUAAUGGUUUGGUCUUUUACAUCAACUCGGAUUCUCGUACUUAUCUCCUUUCGGUUUUCAAUAUCGCUAAAAAACAAAAUCAAGGCAACGGUUUUGUUGUACUAUAAAAGGAAAAAAAAAAC